AAGUUUGCACUUUGCAGGCGGGCAGAGAUGGAAACAAACAAACAAACAAACAAACUUUUAGGCAAUGGGUCGUCCAACUUGCAGUUUGCCUUGCCUUCACCUAAGUAUUGUCAGACUUUGUUUUCAUAAAUCAAUUAAUCAAUGGAUGGAUGGAUGGAUGGAUCGUUGAAAUUGAUUGAUUGAUUGGAUCCAUACUUCCUCCUCCUUGAGUUCCACGACACUUGAAAUUGGAAUUUGGAAACUGGAAAUGGAAUCGGCCCCCUCUACCUAGCUAGGUGUUUCAGCUAAUUUUGUAGUAGUAGUUGUUGGAUUUGGACUCUUUGGAGCGGAGGAAUUUGGCUCCGGAGGUUUUGGUUUAUGUUUGGGGAUUUGGAUUGUGCUGCUGCUGCAGGAUAGGAUGGAGGUGUGGUGGUUUCGAAAUCAUGGAGUUGUUGUGGUGUUGUUAUGGUUGGAAUUGGCGGUGCUGUGGCGAGGAGGAUUUCGUGAGGUCGGAGCUCAAUCGAGUCCGACGGAUCAAGGAUUCGGACGCUAUCCUUACGCGCCAUUCACGCCGUCCAUGGCGGUCAUAGUUAUUCUUCUGGUAGGUGCGGUGGUUUUUAUGGUGUUUUUUGCGAUCUACAUUCGUCGGUGCUCCGGCGGAGCUGGUGCUGCUGGUUCUGGUGGCAGCAUCCGCCACGCGCUCUCAUUCCGGUCGCGCCGUACCGCGGCGGCGCGUGGACUUGACCGUGAUGUUUUGGAGACUUUCCCGACGUUUUCGUACUCGGAAGUGAAGGACCAUAAGAUCGGCAAAGGAGCGCUGGAGUGCGCCGUUUGCUUGAAUGAGUUCGGCGACGAUGAAACGCUGCGUUUGCUGCCUAAGUGCGACCAUGUCUUCCAUCCGGAGUGCAUCGACGCCUGGCUUGAAUCGCACGUCACCUGUCCGGUCUGCCGAGCGAAUCUGGAGCCUUCGCCGGAGGACGACGCCGGAAAGGAUUCCUGCGCGGCGGAGAAUACGGAUUUGGAAUCUUCGAGAACCGACCGAAUCACGAUCCAGUUAACCGAAAAUCAGCCACAACAGCCGCCGGCGUCGAUGAUCCGCAACGCGAGCUUCGAAUCGCCGGCGAGGUCGUGGUCCGUACGCCAGCCGAGAUUAUUCGGUUUCGGCAAAUUCCGAUCGCACUCCACCGGUCACUUCCUCAUCCAACCCGGCGAAAACCACGACCGGUAUACGCUGCGGCUGCCGGCGGAGGUACGGAAGGAGGUGAUGGUCCGCGCCUCUCUCAACCGCGUAAGAAGCUGCGCGGCGGUGCUGCCGCGGGAGUGCAGUUCACGGCGCGGUUACCGAACCGCCGGCGGCGGCGAAGGCAGCAGCCGGACCGGGAGGUUUUACCAGAGACUGGACCGGUCCGAUCGAGGAACAAACUCGAACCGGUGGAAUUUCCUCACGAGAGGAUUCUCGAUGCGGUCGACCAGAGUUGUGGCCGAAACCGCCGGCGGCGGCGGCGGCGGUGGUAGCAGCCGCGCGCCGGUGAGAAUGCCGUCUUUACGCUGCCUGGAGCCUAAUUCGCCGGAGCAGACCGGUUUAUUUAAGGCCGGUCCGAGCGAUAACCCGGCUUAGUACGUAAGUUGUGUAUAUUUUUUUUUACGGCCUAGGGUUUGCGUCAAAUCAGAUAAUUAAAGAGCUAAUAAUAAUAAUAAUACAGUAGUUGAUAAUAUUAUUUUAAAUUGGUAAAGUUCUGGAAAUUUUAUCUUACUUACCUAACAUCAGUAACAUGCCACGAGCUUAUUAGACCAUCAAUUUCAAUCAAAUUUAAAUAAAUGUAAUUGUUUUUUUUCUUUUUUUAUUAUAUGGAACCAAAUGUGUGUUUGUUUUGUUUAUUAAUUUUUUGAAUAUGACGGUUGUAUGGGAUGUUUAGAACUCAUGUGUGUUUGGGGUUGUAUAUGGUGUUAUAAUUGUGUUCAAAUAGCAUGUAAAAUUUUUUUAAAAAGAGAAUAUAUA